AUGAAGUUCCUUUUCGUAGCCGCUCUCAUUGCUCUGGCCAUCCAGUUGGCAGUCGCACAAACAACGGAAGCUGCAACAACGACAACGACUGCUGCAUCCACAACUACAAGCACGACGACAGCAGCAUCAGUGACCAGUGCCACGACCAAGAAAACAACUAAGAUUUGCUGGAGGGGAAACAACUGGUGCAACACCCGCCAACAGGUGAAGUGCAAGAACCCCAAGAACUGCAUCAAAACCAUUGUGGUGGUGCGUCGCCGGAGGAAUUAA